GGCGAAUUGAUCAGCCACCCGAAGUUGGUAGUUGCACCAGAUUCACUCUUUUUCCACACACAUUCACAUUACCUCACUCUCCUCACCUACUACCCAAUACCCAUUCUCUUUUUAUUUUCCAUUUCCUUCACUCCCAUCCCAAACCCAUUUUUUCAAAUCAUGGAUUUCUUACAAACACCGGAAAAUCAGAUACUCGUGGGUGUCGCUGUGGCUGUUGUAGCUGUUGGGGUUGCUGCUGUCUAUCUCUUUUCCUCUAAGAAGUCCAAAGGUAUCUUGAACCCGGAGCAGUUCAAGGAGUUCAAACUUGUCAAGAAAGACCAGCUGAGCCAUAAUGUUGCUAAGUUCACUUUUGCACUCCCAACACCUACUUCUGUUUUGGGCCUUCCAAUCGGACAACACAUAAGUUGCAGGGGUAAGGACGGUGAAGGUGCUGAGGUUAUCAAACCAUAUACUCCUACAACAUUGGAUUCUGAUGUUGGACAUUUUGAACUAGUUAUCAAGAUGUAUCCACAAGGAAGAAUGUCCCAUCAUUUCCGUGAGAUGCGCGUUGGUGAGUAUCUCGCUGUUAAAGGACCAAAGGGACGUUUCAAGUACCAACCGGGUGAGGUUAGAGCAUUCGGGAUGCUUGCCGGAGGGUCAGGAAUCACUCCAAUGUUCCAAGUUGCUAGAGCAAUUUUAGAAAACCCGAAUGACAAGACCAAGGUGCAUCUUAUCUACGCCAAUGUUACGUACGAGGACAUUCUUUUGAAGGAAGAACUUGACGGGCUUGCUAGUAACUAUUCGGACCGAUUCAAAAUUUACUAUGUAUUGAAUCAGCCUCCUGAGGUAUGGGACGGUGGUGUCGGAUUUGUAUCAAAGGAGAUGAUUCAAACACAUUUGCCUCCUCCAGCACAAGAUAUUAAGAUAUUGAGAUGCGGUCCUCCCCCAAUGAACAAGGCGAUGGCUGCUCACCUUGAAGCCCUGGAAUACGCUCCUGAGACGCAGUUCCAGUUUUGAUCGAUCGGCUUCAUCACACAGUGCAUUCCAUGGCCUUAGUGAUUAAGAAACUCUUAUAAUUUUUGUUUUGUUAAGAAUCUGGGAACAUUGAAUCCACAAUGCAUUUAGAUAGCUUUCUUGAGAUUUGAAAUCUGAAAUAAUUGCUUCUAGUGUGCUAAUGAGACAUUGAGAUUGAACUCUAUGCAUCGCCUCAUGGUCAUGGCAACUAGUGAAUUUCUGUAACAAUGAAGAAGUGCUGCACAUUGCUGCAUCUUCGGUCUUUAGCGACUAUUCGAAUUGAAAUAAUUGGUUGUUAUUUUCAA